AUGUAUUCUCGUUUAUUUCGUAAUUUUUUGCCUCGUUAUUUUCAUAAUAAAACACGUUUACCUGAACUUGAUUUUACUAAACCAAUAAGUGAUCGUUUAAGAAAAAUUUCUUUAAAAGAACAAACAUAUACAAAUAAUAAUGAUCAACAAUCAUUAUUAAAAAUUUCACUUCAUGGUCAAUGUCUAUUUGGUUUAUAUCCAAUUGAAUUAGCACUUAAAAGAAAACAACGUCAAUUUUAUCAAUUAUUUCUUAGUAAUACAUCAAAUGAUAAUCGUCAAAUAAUACAAAAUAUUCAACAUUUAGCUGAACAAUUAUCAAUACCAAUAAAAUAUACAAAUACAAAUACUCUUGAUCGUUUAUCAUUUGAUCGACCACAUCAAGGUGUUUGUCUUGAUUGUUCACCAUUACCUAUUCAAGAUAUUCAACAAAUAGAAAUAGAAAGAAAUUCAAAUAAAAUUUUUCUUGAUUUAUGUCUUGUUAAAAUUCAUGAUCCAAUGAAUUUAGGUGGUAUUAUUCGUACAGCACAUUUUUUUGGUAUUGAUAGAAUUAUUUUAACUCAUGGUACAUGUCAACCAUCACCAGUUGCUAGUAAAGCUAGUUCAGGUGCACUUGAAUUAAUGUCAAUUUAUGCAUGUAAUGAUUUAAACACUUAUUUAAAUUUAUUACAUAAACAAAAAACUAUUGCUAUUAUUUGUGCUACACAUCAUGGAAAUAUUCCAUUACGAACAUUACGUUUAGAUGAUAUUAAAAGACAAUUUUCUACGUCAAAUUUACAACGUAUUGUUGUACUUAUUGGAAAUGAACAUGAAGGAAUUUCUAAAGAAAUAACUCAAAUGUGUCAUUAUAAUAUAUGUAUUCAACCAAAUAUUGAAAGUGAAAUAUCAUCAUUAAAUGCAUCUGUUGCUUGUGGUCUAUUUUUGUAUCAUAUUUCCGCACAAAUGAAUACAUAG